GGUGGAUUCUGGCUUGGUGUGGACCAGGAAGGAAUGACGGGGUCCCUCUCCUGGUCAGGCGUCUUUUUUGGGGUGCUGGCCAGUGCUUUUGUCUCCAUGAACGCCAUCUACACCAAGAAGGUGAUGCCAGCAGUGGACGGUAACAUCUGGAAACUGUCCUACUACAACAACAUUAAUGCCUGCAUCCUCUUCCUCCCAUUCAUUCUCAUGUUCGGAGAGUUGGGCCAUCUCUCCAGCUUCAGCCGCCUCACUGACCUCGGGUUCUGGGGCAUGAUGACACUCGGAGGAGUGUUUGGUUUCGCCAUUGGCUACGUCACAGGCCUCCAGAUCAAGUAUACCAGUCCACUUACGCACAAUGUCUCAGGUACGGCAAAGGCCUGUGCACAGACUGUUAUUGCGGUGGUGUACAACUCCUCCAGUAAAAGCAUGCUGUGGUGGACCAGUAACAUGAUGGUUCUUUGUGGCUCAUCAGCCUACACUUGGGUCAAAAGUCUAGAAAUGAAGAAGAUUCCAUACAGAGACGCUCAGGACUCCGCCAAGGAAAAACUGCUGCCAGGGGAGAAAGGCAACAUGGGAGUUUAGCCAUUGUAAUUAAGCUGGUAAACCCUCUGUUUUAUCCAUGUCGCGUGAGAAUGUGAAAUAAUGUAACAUAUGAUUGUUAGUGAUUUAAGUGAGACGUACGUGGAAUCAGUGAUUUUGAUUGGGUUUAAUAAUGUUGUGGUUUUUUACAGUUUGACUUAAGGCUUGAAGGAAUUUCUAUAUAUAUUUUAUUUCAUGUUGAUUUGAGGCCUUUUUACAAUUAUUUUUUAAAAUGAAAUGACUGAGAAAUUUAAUAAUGUGUCUUUUAUGGUCUAGUGUACAAGUGAAGGAAAAAAAACCUGUUUUUAUUCACAAGGAGGGUAUAUUUACUGAGAUUGAGGGUAUUGGCGUCAUAGCAAACUAGAAACUUUUUUACAGCUACACGCCAUUUCUAUGAAUGUAUGUCAGUAUCUUGUUCAUUUUUUUUAUGAUCGCCUCUGGCUAGGAACAUGUCUGCUUUCUCAAAUAUGAACAAAGCCAAGACAGCCGGAUCUGUAAUAUCCUGUAGUUUAUAGAGGAUACAACAGACAAGGUAAUCAGAAACCUCGUGUCAGUGGGACUGACACACAAUAGGCUUUUAUCUCCAAAGAAAACACUCCUUCAGUAUACUGUUGCAUUCACAAACUUGUGCACUAUUGCUACAGUACACCAUGUUUCUGAGCUGAGUCAAAUUUUAAAUUGUGAACAUAGGCAAUGGCAUAAGGUCUAUGACAAUAUAUUUGCAUUUCAAGACAAAAGUGGGACAGACUGAAAGAGAGCCCUGUUUCAAUUACUUAUAUAUCUCUCAUGUUUCAUGUGUUGUUCUUACGUGUAUAUCUUUACAUGACAGAAUAAUGCACAAUUGCACCACAACUGCGAAGUCUUUUUUUUACACUUAUACUUAACUUAUGGUAUAACAUCUCUGGGACCUCUUUACCAGACUGAAAAUGUUUUAAGUGAACCAUUGUCUGUAUUCAAAACCAGCUUUUUAAAAUGUCUUUAAACCAUUGUAACACAUCAACUGAACAAAAACAGGGCGCUUAUUUAAAAGAACAUUAAAGAUGGUGUACAAUUCAACUGUUUUCAGGUUUUCCUGUUAUAAAGGAAGAUUUUGCUUUCGCUGGUUAUUUAUAUUUGUGAGUUUGAUAUUUUGGUUGAUUAUUCUUGUCAAAUAAAAAUAUAUACAGUUUA